AGCCUGCAGACAGUACAGCCUCCCAGCCCACAGGAAUGAAUGAAAAUGUCUCAUCCUCAGUUCAAAGCUGCAGCAGUACUGUUAGUUGCAAUAAUUCAUCAGCCAUCCCUCAGCCCAGCUCUGCUAUUAAACCUUGGCGCAGCAAGUCCCUUAGUGCUAAGCACACAGCUACGUCUUCCAUGUUAUCCGUAAAGCAGCCCAUAUCGGAGCCUCCAAAGCCACCGUCGGAAAUCGCCAAAACAACUCCCAACGGUCAAAAAUCCAUGCUUGAAAAAUUAAAACUCUUCAAUAGCAAAGGAGGCUCCAAAGCAGGAGGGACAACGCUCGAGUGUCCGGGGUCUCGGGAUAACAGUUGUGAAAAGCUGGAGACGCUUCUCAGCUUUGAGGAAAGCGAAGAAAUUGAUGCCGCAAAUCAGAAUGUGAACAAUCCGGGAUCGAUGUCCAGUAGUCCCAAAAUUGCACUCAAGGGAAUUGCACAAAGGACUUUUAGCCGGGCACUAACUAAUAAGAAAAGUUCUCCAAAGGGUAAUGAGAAGGAUAAAGAGAAACAGAAAGAGAAAGAAAAGGAUAAAAGUAAAGACGUUGCAAAGAGAACAUCUGUCACUGAAAAGCUGGACGUGAAAGAGGAACCAAAAGAAGAACAGACAGCACUAGCAGCAACAGAGAUGCCAAAAAAGUCCUCCAAGAUCGCAAGCUUUAUCCCUAAAGGAGGAAAGCUGAAUAGUGCCAAGAAGGAGGCCUCUGCCCCUUCGCACAGUGGAAUACCAAAACCAGGAAUGAAAAACACCACAGGGAAAUCCUCAAGUGCCCCCGUUGCUGCAAAGGAAGGCGAGAGAAGCCGCAGCGGGAAAGCCGGCUCGGGGCUCUCGCAUCAGAAGUCUCAGCUGGACAGCAGGCAUUCCAGCUCCUCAUCCAGCCUAGCCUCUUCAGAAGGAAAAGGCGUAGGAGGCCUCAACAGCAGCAGCAGCAGCCAAGCUGUCAACGGACCCGCCGCGACGACCCACACCACAGGGAGCAAUACUGUGAGUGUUCAGCUACCUCAUCCCCAACAGCAAUACAGCCACCCGAACACUGCCACGGUAGCUCCCUUCAUGUACAGAUCGCAGACAGACAAUGAAGGGAACGUAACAGCCGAGGCCAGCACAGGAGGGGUCAGCAUGGAUUCUGCUCUUUAUGUCAAAACUGGACAGCCUGCUCUCGAAGACCUCUCAGGAGAGGAUCCAGAAACUCGGCGAUUGCGAACUGUGAAAAACAUUGCCGAUCUUCGACAGAACUUAGAGGAAACGAUGUCCAGUUUACGGGGAACCCAGGUUACUCACAGCACAUUGGAAACUACCUUUGACACCAACGUCACUACCGAGAUAAGUGGCCGCAGCAUCCUCAGCUUGACGGCACGACCGACCCCCUUAUCGUGGAGACUGGGGCAGUCCAGCCCCCGCCUGCAGGCAGGCGACGCUCCGUCGAUGGGAAAUGGGUAUCCUCCGCGAGGGAACGCCAGCCGCUUCAUCAACACGGAGUCGGGACGCUACAUGUAUUCGGCACCUUUGCGGAGGCAACUGGCGUCCCGCGGUAGCAGCGUCUGCCACGUGGACAUCUCGGACAAGGGAAGUGAUGAAAUUGAUCUGGAGGGCAUCACUAUGGAUGCCACCGGCUAUAUGAGCGAUGGGGAUGUCCUGGGCAAGAAUAUCAGAGCUGAUGACAUCACGAGUGGGUAA